ACUGCCUCAACUUGUGAGGAAGAGGAGGGCAAGAGACACACUGAAAGAGAGCGAGAGAAAGGGGGAGCAGCCUGUGCGCUCCCCCCCCUCCUUCCUCCGCUCCUCACACUUGGAUAGAACGCACAUGAGCACACUGAGCGUGUGGUUGUGAUCCGAGCGCCGAAGAGGACGCGUCUGUUUGGUCUUGAGGACGGAUUUAGCGAGCGGGACGAGGCGCCAUGGACUCCUGGAUAAAGUUCAUCUUCAUGGUCGCCACUUUCUGCUGUGGAACGCGAGCCGAGUUUGACGGCAGGUGGCCGCGGCAGAUGGCGUCGUCCAACGGGCUGUGCCGCUACGGCGCCAGGGUGGACUGCUGCUGGGGAUGGACGCGGCGAUCUUGGGGUCACUGCCAGCCUCCCCUCGCCUUAACUCGCAGGCUAGUCGGGAUAAGGUGCCAGCCCCAAGCACUUUGCCCGUCAGGCUGCAAGCAUGGAGACUGCGUGGGGCCCAACCAGUGCAAAUGUCACGCAGGAUUCACGGGGAAGACCUGCAAUCAAGAAGAUCAGCCGGACUAUUUGACUCCACUGAUGUGGUCCAGUCACCUCCCCGUAUUCCUACCUGUGGAUCAACAUCCGGUGACGGAGGAUUUGAACGAGUGCGGGCUGAAGCCACGGCCCUGCAAACACAGGUGCAUGAACACCUACGGCAGCUACAAGUGCUACUGCCUCAACGGCUACAUGCUGAUGCCCGACGGCACCUGUGGAAACCUUCGCACUUGCAGCAUGGCCAACUGCCAGUACGGCUGCGAGGUGCUGAAAGGGGAGGUCCGAUGUCAGUGUCCGUCGCCGGGGCUACAGCUCGCUCCGGAUGGUAGAACCUGCGUGGACGUGGACGAAUGCGCCACCGGGAUCGCCGCCUGUCCUAGAUUCCGCAAGUGCAUCAACACCUUCGGCAGCUACAUCUGCAAGUGCCACGACGGUUUUGACCUGCAGUACAUCAACGGGAAAUACCAGUGUAUCGACGUGGACGAGUGCUCUUUGGAGACGGCUCGCUGCGGCGGCUACGCCACCUGCUUCAACACGCCGGGCUCGUACAAGUGCAAGUGCAAAGACGGCUACAGGGGGAUGGGCCGCGACUGCAAAGCCAUUCCCAAGGUGGCCAUCGACCCGCCGAGACCCGGUAAACUGCCUCCCAGCUUCCACAACCACCUGCCGGACAUUGACCAGAGAAGGACCACCACCACCACGCUAGGUCCACUGGUGACCCACCGGAGGGUGUUCAGCGUCGCCCCCAAAACCACGACGACCGCCACCCCAACAACGCCCACGACGACGGCGCCUCGGGGGAAGAUGACGACACCCCCGCGCAAGACGUCAACACAGACCCGGAAGCCCUUCGUCCCCACCAGGAAGCCACCUGCGCCCACUCGCAAGCCCUACGUCCCGCCAAAACCGGUGACCCCCACCAGACGAACCACCACGACGAUUCCACCAACUCCUCCGCGUGUGACCACCGUGGACAACAGCAUCCACAAGGACGUCACCAAGCAGCGAGGAGACGUGCACAUCCCUCGCAACCACAACCUCAACACAGUGCUGGACUUUGACAUCGAGCUGGGCAACACGGCCGACGAAGCCAAGGAUGACGCGGAUUCAGGCUUCCUGAGCUGCUCCUUUGACGACGGCCUCUGCGGAUGGAUCAGGGACAAAGACGGAGACGUGCACUGGGAGACGACGCCAGACCCGGCAGGCGGUCGCUACCUUACCAUCCCCGAAGUGGGCAACAAGAGGACGGGGCGGGGGGCGAGGCUGGUCCUCCCGUUGGCCCCACCCUGGAACGAGGGCAACCUUUGCCUGUCAUUCCGCCACAAGCUGGCGGGGCACCACGUCGGCAUGCUGCAGGUGUUUGUGAAGAAGGGCGCCCAGUACAGCCCGGCCGUGUGGGGCAGGACGGGGGGCAACAGCUGGAGACACACCCAGAUAACGCUGUGGGGAACCGGCCUGGAGAGCGUGGUGCUGAAGGGCGAGCGCGGGCGGGGACGAAGCGGCGAGAUGGCGGUGGACGACAUCUCCCUCGCAAAAGGCUCCUGCACGGACGAUCGCGACCCGACGAGUAUUUGAAGCGGCGGCUCGAGGUGAAAAAAAAAGACGGAAAGUGAAAACAAUUCAAAGAUCAUCUCAAUGAGCUGUGACUCUCGGUCGGACUCCUCUUCGCACUUGGCGCCCCCUUGCGUCCAGAACAAUGAACAGCAGCACAGUGUGCUCCUCGAAAUACAAAGACUAAACUCGGCGUCCAGUCUCAUAUGACCUGGAAGCCCGCGCCUGUGUGGUUGCCAAGGUAAUGGCCGCCUACAACCGCUGCCUGUUUAGUCGCCUUGCGCAAUUGAUGCAGUCGUACCAGUGGUGACCACUGGGGGGUCGUUUUCUGGUUCAUCCGAUCGGAUCAAAAUUGCAAUGGAAUAUCAGGUCCGCCGUAUGAAAUCAAUUUAGAAACAAGUUGACUUCAGUUUUUAUUCAACAACAAAAUGUUGCAAAAACAAGGUUUAUAUGUUGCCGGAACAAAAUUGAGAUUCAUGUGCGGGGGGGCAGGGAUAACGAAAUAUUACUGAAAAUAAAUCUGGUGUGAGACAAAGUAAGAUUGCAUAAAAAAAAUGUAAGGGAAUUUUGCUGGAUUUUCCUGGGAAAGGAGCUGCAGUAUCGUGAGAAUGACAAAUCCAUUUACAGGCAAAAAGUUGCGAUCUUGAUGAAACUUGACAUUUUAUUUGAGGAUAAAGGAAUUGGAGGAAAAAUAUUUGCAAAAAGCUGUAACAUUACCAUCCAAGAAAAACAAAUGUAAAAUCUCAAGAACAGUUUUAAUUUAUUUUGGAUUUUUUUUUUUGAGAAAUAAAACUUUACAUCACGAGAAUACAAUUGGAAUAUUGUGACAAAAGUUAACAUUGCCCAAGUAGAAUUAGAAAUAGCAUCAUGUUAGAUAUUAUCGCAGUUUAUUUGUCCCAAUCUGUUCAUACUUUCCUCGUUGUAAAAUGGACUUUUCCCAACCAAGUUUUAUUCGGGUAAAAUU